AUGCCGGUGUUGGAUCCUAACCAUAGCCAUCUCGAGCUCUUACCGGCAAUCGCGAAUUUACUAACCGGAAAGUCCGUGGUUGGAACCCGGCCUCUGCAGCUCGACUUCUCCUGUCAAAGUUUGGCUAACCUGGCAGUUUUCGAGACCUCAUGUUUCCCUCGGGUGACAUGGCAGCUAGGCACCGAAAGGGUGCUACAGCUGAACGAUUUGUCAUACUCAUUCUCUUGUUGCUGA